UUAAGUAGCUCGUCGCCGGUCAGGUUACUUCAGUUUCAGCAGAAGUUCAGCGGCAACGACAUUAAGACAAUGACGUCAACGGAAAAAGGUUUUGCGACGAUAGCUAUCCAUGCCGGACAAGAUCCUGAUCAAUGGAAUCAUGGCUCGGUUGUACCACCUUUGGUAAUGUCUACUACUUUUAAACAAGAUCGUCCAGCACCGCCCAAAGAAUAUGUGUACGGCAGAAGCGGCAAUCCUACGCGUAAUGUUCUGGAGACAUGCCUGGCUGCUUUAGAGAAUGGCAAACAUGCCUUUUGCUUUUCUUCUGGAUUAGGUGCCCUUACUGCAAUUACAGGUUUAUUGGAAGCAGGAGAUCAUUUGGUUGUUGGAGAUGAUUUAUACGGUGGAACCAAUCGUUAUAUACAGAAAUGUAGUAGCAAACAAGGCGUGAAAUAUACUUUCGUUGACAUGACUGAUAUACAAAACGUUAUAGACGCUAUACAACCAAAUACAAAGAUGGUAUGGCUAGAGACGCCGACGAAUCCUUUGAUGAAACUAGUAGAUAUAAAGGCUGUUGCUGAGAAUUUAAAAUCUCGUCCAGACAUUAUAUUAGUCGUUGAUAAUACGUUUUUGACAUGUUACUUCCAAAAACCUCUUGAUCUUGGUGCUGACAUAGUAAUGUAUUCCUUGACAAAGUACAUGAAUGGCCAUUCGGAUGUGAUUAUGGGUGCCGCAAUAACGUGCCGAGACGAUCUCGCGCAGAAAUUGCAGUUUAAUCAAAAUUCCAUGGGAAUUGUUCCAUCGCCAUUUGACUGUGCUUUGGUGAAUCGUAGCUUGAAAACGCUCGAACUAAGAAUGCAGAAACACAUGAACAAUGGCUUAGCCGUAGCAAAGUUUCUCAAUUCUCAUCCUAACGUCGAGAAAGUGAUUCAUCCACUUUUCUCAUCGCAUCCGCAACAUCAGCUCGCGCUUACGCAACAAACAGGACAUAGCGGAAUGGUUUCUUUCUAUCUAAAAGGCGAUUCUAACCGUUUUUUGCAAGCAUUGAAGGUUUUCACUUUAGCUGAAUCGUUAGGUGGUUACGAAUCGCUAGCAGAAUUACCAUCCGUAAUGACGCACUCGUCCGUACCGGAAAAUAUGCGAACCAAAUUAGGCAUAACUGAUCAAUUGAUUCGAUUAUCUGUUGGUCUUGAAACUGAAGAUGAUCUCAUAGCCGAUCUCGAACAAGCAUUGAACGCUUGUCAAUAAAUUAAUAAAAUAUAAUCGAACAGCCGCAAAAGUAAUUCAAUAACAAGUAUUCUAAUUUGCACUAAUUGUCUUACAAAUAUUAUCAAACUUCUGCAUUGUCAUAAAUCUUCAUAGAACAUUGCCGGCUAUAUCAGUAGAUAUAAAGAAAUUUUAUUUUUAUAAAAUUUUUUACAUUCCACAAUU